GGUGCACUUCACUUAUAUGUGUGUGCUUGUUAUACCAUGUCAUGGCUUAUAUGCGGAUGUCAGCCGCGGUGCUGUAUCGGGCCGGACGCUCUCAGCGCCGGUUUACUUUAGUUUUCUGGGCAGCGCCUUAUAUGCGGCUGAUAGCCGCGGCGCUGCCGUGAGCCGGGCGCUUCAGCGCCGGCUUACUUUCUCUUUGACCGGCAGUCUCUGCUGGCGCUUUGUCCACCCGCUCUCUUCCCCCGGGCGCAUAAACGGCCGUCAGGUGCGCUCGGGACAAGGAGCGGGCGCCAUGACAGUUCUUUAAGGCCAUCUAUAGCUCCGCCCACAGGGCUAGGAGCUCUGAGGUGCGAAGCAGCCUCCAAUCAGCGCCGUGAGCGCGAUUUUCAGUUAGAUGGGGUCAGUUAGUGAGUGCCUUGCUUCAGGCACGCCCCUCUCUUCCUAUUGGCUGGCCUGCUCACUCUCUUUCUAGCUGCUCAGAGCGAGUUCUCCUCACUGCAGCUGACAGGGGACACAGACUAGGGUGAGAAAGUUCCUAUCUCCUUUUUUCUUUCUACAUUAUGUGCGUAUCCAGAGCUGUUCCUUCCUCUAAACAGAAACCUGUUACUUCCGUGACUUACUAUCUCUGUAAGCACUGUAAUACCAAGAUGUCUGGCUCUGCUGAGCCCACUUGCCCUGCCUGCUUCACUGCUCCCCCAGACCCCCUGGUACCCCCUGAUGUCCCUUCGGUCCCGGUGGGUUCAGCCGCUCCACCAGCCUGGGUCUCUUCCCUGUCCCAGUAUAUGGCUGACUUGACCAAAGUCUCUCGUUCGGUGGCUGAGGCCUCCCGGGAAGUGGUGUCCGCCUUGUAGGGGUCUUCCCUGCGCAGGACCUCUGGAAGGGCCCGUUCCUCGUCUCCACAUACUUCACGCUCUCACAAACGUCCUAGGGGUGCCUAGUCUGACUCUUCCAUUGAGUUGUCAGAUAGACGUGAGCGUUUCCCUCGUGGGUCCCGCCCCCCGGUCAUCUGGGCACAACCGUCGUUCCUCUAGAGGACGUUCUCGGAGUCUCCGCUCUGCCACGCCAGAGCCGCAUACUCGGUCAGGGUCGCCCCCCUCCAGGACUGCCUCUACUCAUUCUCAUUCCCCUGGUGGACGAGGCUUCCGAGCCGGCAUCUGACUCAGAAGACCGCUCGGACUCAAUUGCAACGGUGAACUCUUUGGUGACAGCCCUAAGAGACACCUUUCACUUAGAGGACCCAGGAUCUUCGGAUGUCAAUCCAGGAGUAUCCUUUCAAAGGUUCAGCUCUCACGCUGACUUUGACGAUAUUUUGGAAACCGCAUGCAAACAUUCAGACAAGAGGUUUCCGGGAAUCAAGACACUUAAAGAACAUUAGCCAUUUGACAAGGACCUUGUCACUAAGGUGGUUUCCCCUCCCUCAGUCGAUCCACCAAUUUCCCGGAUCUCUAAGGCGACUACACUGCCUCUGCCGCUGCCUUCAAGGAUCCCAUGGAUAAGAAGGUAGAAUCCUUAGCGAAGUUUGCCACUGAAGCAGCUGGCUCUUCUCUUCUUCCCAUCUUCGCCUCGACAUGGGUGUCCAAGGGCCUGGCGGAGUGGUGCCAAAAGCUCCAUUAGGAUAUCUUAGCGGGAUCCCCCCCGGAGGAUCUAUCUGCUCUGGCUCUCCAGUGCUCUAAAGCUGGGGACUUCCUGUGCACAGCUUCCAUGCAGGCAGCCCGUUGUUAUGCUUUUGCUGUGGUUCACCUAGCGGCUCUCCGCCGCUCUAUGUGGCUUAAAGCUUGGAAUGCGGAUGCCGCUUCCAAAAGGUCUUUCACUGAGCUUCCCUUUACGGGCGGUCUUUUUGGCAAAUGCCUUGAUGAAAUUAUCUCUGAGGCAACGCGAGGUAAGAGUUCCUUGUUACCUCAAAAUAAGGCUCACCCUACUUCCCAAAGGAAGCCCUUUUCCUUUCGGUAAAGGGUCCGGGCAGGUGCCCUCGUGGGACAGGAAGGCUCCCUCGUUCCGGCCACGCCCAUCUUGGAAGUCAGACUCCCACCGGUCCGGCCGCUUUGCGCCCAAAUCAGGCAACCGCAAGUCCACUUCUGCAUGAAGUGAGGCCCCCACUUCUUCUCGGGUGGGAGGUCAUCUCUUGUUUGUUCGAGACAUUUAGACCCCUCACACUCAGGACUCUUGGGCCAGGGAUGUGGUGUCCAAUGGUUACCGGAUCAAAUUCGCCUCCCUUCCGAGGGAUCGCUUUUUUCGCCCCCGGUCUCCUCCUCUGGCGAAGCAAUUUCGAGCGGCUCUCCAGUCUCUACUUCUUCAGGGGGUUAUUGUUCCCUUUCCUCCAGGGGAACGGUUUCGGGGUUUCUAUUCAAAUCUUUUUGUGGUUCCCAAGAAGGACGGUUCUGUGUGUCCAACUUUGGACCUCAAGCGUCUCAACCAUCACCUUCUCAUCCGCCACUUCCGAAUGGAAUCUCUCCGUUCGGUGGUGGCGUCCCUGGAACAAGGGGAGUUCCUUUCAUCAAUGAACAUCAAGGAUGCCUACCUCCAUGUGCCAAUAUUCCCAGGCCAUCAUCGGUACCUCCGCUUCGCGGUUCCGGAAGGGCACUUUCAAUUUGUAGCUCUCCCCUUCGGUCUAGCCACGGCUCCUCGGGUCUUUACAAAGAUCCUUGCGCCAGUGAUGGGCCUGUUACGGUCUAGGGGAAUCUCGGUGAUGCCCUAUCUGGACGACCUUCUCAUCAAGGCUCCAACCAGAGCCCAGACUCUGGAGAAUCUGGAUGUCACUCUCCACACUCUGACUCGCUUCGGGUGGAUGGUCAACCGGGACAAGUCAGUCCUCUGCCCUACCCAGUCUCUAACUUUCCUGGGACUUCAAUUCGACACGGCAUCUUCCCGGAUUUGACUUCCGCCGGACAAACGUCUGUCGCUCCGGUCGGGGGUCCGCUCCCAUCGGUCCCGGGUAUCAGUCUCCAUCCGCACUUGUAUGGAAGUCCUGGGUCAGAUGGUGGCAACUAUGGAGGCCGUACCCUUUGCCCAGUUUCAUUACCGCCCCCUUCAACUGGCGAUUCUUUCCCGAUGGAACAGGUCUCCUCUGUCCCUCGAUCGUCAGAUUGUUCUCCCUCGCAGGGUCAAUCAGUGUCUGCUCUGGUGGCUCCGCUCCCCCCUUCUUCUCCAAGGGCAGUCGUUUCUUCCUUCACUGGCAGGUUGUUACAACGGAUGCCAGCCUGUCGGGCUGGGGCGGCGUGUUCAGGGAUUGGACGGUUCAGGUAUUCUGCUCUCCCCAGGAGACCCUUCUUCUGAUAAACAUAUUAGAAUUACGGGCGAUUCUUCUUUGUCUUCUUCAUUGGGAGUCCCGUCUUCAGUCCCGUCCUGUCCGCGUUCAGUCGGACAGCGCCACGGCCGUGGCGUACAUAAAUCGACAGGGCGGCACUCGCAGCUCGGCAGCCAUGGCCGAGGUGACCAAGAUUCUCACCUGGGCGGAGAGCAAGGUUCCGGCCAUUUCGGUGAUUCACAUUCCGGGGGUGCUCAACUGGGAAGCGGACUUCUGGGAAGCGGACCCCGGCGAGUGGUCUCUACAUCGAGGUCUUCGCACAACUCUGGGGCAUUCCGGACGUGGACCUCUUUGCGUCCCGGCACAGUCGGAAGACCCUUCCUUUUGUGUCCAAGUCCCGGGACCCUCAGGCUCUGGCCGUGGACGCUCUAGUGAUUCCUUGGGCGGGGUUUGCCCUACCCUAUCUGUUCCCUCCUCUUCUGCUCCUUCCCAGGGUGCUGAGGAAGCUCAAGGCAGAGGACGUCCCCGCCAUUCUGGUAGCUCCAGAUUGGCUUCAAAGGUCGUGGUACGCUGACGUAGUCAGGCUCCUGGACGACACUCCACUGCGCCUUCCGCUCCGUCCGGACCUGCUCUCUCAGGGUCCUCUUUGCCACCCCAAUUUACAGUCUCUGCAUUUGACGGCGUGGCGGUUGAGACCGCGGUUUUGAGGGCCCGCGGGUUCUCUUCCCAAGUCAUUCACACCAUGCUCAAGGCUCGUAAGCCCUCCUCUGCUAGAAUUUACCACCGUACUUGGCUGUCUUAUUUUCAUUAGUGUGAAGCACAGGACUUCUCCCCGGUGACCUUCUCUGUUCCCUGUCUUCUCUCCUUUUUGCAGUCGGGGUUGGAACUAGGGUUGUCUCUCAGUUCCCUUAAAGGUCAGGUUUCGGCCCUUACUGUUCUUUUCCAGCGGCCCUUGGCUUCUAAUUCUCAUGUCCGGACUUUCCUCCAAGGAGUGACGCAUGCUGUUCCUCCUUAUCGGUCACCCUCUCCCCCUUGGGACUUGAAUUUGGUUCUGAGUGCCCUCCAGGGUGCACCCUUUGAGCCCCUUAGAGAGGUGUCUCUCCGCCUCCUUUCUUGGAAAGUGGCGUUUCUUGUUGCUAUCACCUCCAUCCGGAGGAUGUCUGAAUUGGCAGCUCUCUCCUGACGUUCUCCAUUUCUGGUGAUCCACCAAGACAAGGUUGUUUUCCGUCCAGAUCCCUCCUUUUUGCCUAAGGUGGUUUUGGCCUUUCAUCUCAAUGAGGACAUUGUCCUCCCGUCUUUUUGUCCUGCUCCUUCUCAUCCUAAGGAGCGCUUACUACACAAGCUGGAUGUAGUUCGGGCUGUUCGGUCUUAUCUCUCAAUCACUUCUUCGUUUUGUCAGUGUGAUUCCUUUUUCGUCCUUACGAAAGGUCGUCGCAAGGGACAACCUGCAUCCAAGGCCACCAUUUCUCGGUGGAUUCGGUCUGCCAUUUUGGAGGCCUAUCGCUGUAAGGGGAAGAGUCCUCCUUUCAGGGUUGUGGCUCAUUCUACCCGUUCUUUUGGGGCAUCCUGGGCUCUCCAGAAUAGAGCCUUGGCCUCGCAGAUUUGCAAGGCGGCUACCUGGUCGUCUUUGCACAUUUUCUCGAGGUUCUACCAAGUUCAUACCUUCGCAUCGGUUAAUGCUAGUCUGGGCCGUAAAGUGUUGCAGGCGGCAGUGGAACGGCCGUCUACCUGACUGCUUAUCUGCCCACCCAAGGGACGGCUUUGGUACGUCUCACGGUCUGUGUCCCCCAAUGGAGCCGAUGGAGAAAAGGAGAUUUUUUAACACUUACCGUAAGAUCUCUUUCUCGAAGGAUCCAUUGGGGGACACAGCUCCCACCCUUUUGGGAUUUUCCUUGGUUCUCUGUCCGAGGGUGUGUUCAGUUAUUUUUUUUUCUUCUGGUUCUCGGGCAGUUUUGGGUUUUUCUUGACCUUAGUUAGUCUCCUAUUGCUCUGGAAUUUAAACUGAUUAGCUCAGAGCCUGAAGGCGGGUAUAUCCUGCUGGGAGGAGCCAACUGUUUUUGUUGCCAUAGUGUCACAUCUCCCAGAGACAGCAGCAUACACCCACGGUCUGUGUCCCCCAAUGGAUCCUUCGAGAAAGAGAUUUUACGAGGGAGCAGUAAGCUCUGGAGAAGUGUGGUUUGUUAAUUUCUAUUCUCCUGGUUGUUCUCACUGUCAUGAUCUUGCACCAACGUGGAGAGAGUUUGCUAAAGAAAUGGAUGGACUUAUACGAAUUGGGGCAGUCAAUUGCAGAGAUGAGCGAAUGCUCUGCAGGAGCCGUGGAAUCAAUAGUUAUCCAAGUCUUUAUAUCUUUAAAGCUGGAAUGAAUCCAGCCAAGUACUUUGGGGACCGUUCAAGAGAGAACUUGGUAAAUUUUGCAAUGAAGUAUGUUUCAAGUGGUGUAACAGAGUUAUGGGCAGGUAAUUUCAAAAGCUCCAUAGAGAAUUCCUUUGCGUCAGGAGUUGGCUGGCUGAUAACAUUCUGCGCUGACAGUGGAGACUGCUUGUCCUCACAGACUCGGUUAAAACUUGCUGGCAUGCUGGAUGGACUUGUGAGUGUGGGAUGGAUGGACUGUUCAACCCAAGCCGACCUCUGUGACAAUUUGGAAAUCACCACAAGCACUACGGUUUACUUUCCACCUGGAGCCAAUCUAACUAACAAAGACAAAAGUGGUGUUUUGUACUUCAAUUCAUUAGAUGCCAGAGAAAUCUACAGAGAGGUGAUGGAUCAUCUUCCCGAUUUAGAGAUGCUUUCUCCAGAGAGCUUAAAGGACAGACUAACCUAUAAUCGGUGGCUUAUAUUCUUUACUUUCGGGCAUGAUCGAGAUUUUUUUCUCCCAGAAUUCAAGAAGCUCAGUGUUUUGUUGCGUGGGGAUGAUGUUCAGGUUGGACGAUUUGACUGCCAGUCCCAUCCAUCAACCUGCAGUUCCCUGUAUAUUCACAAGCCUUGUGUGGCAGCAUUUAAAGGGAAAGGCAUCAGUGACUUUGAAAUCCAUCACGGAAAAACAAAUGUAUAUGAAUUUGUGACAUUUGCAAAAGACAGUGUAAAUUCUCAUGUAAUUACACUGGGACCAAAGAAUUUCCCUGGAAAUGAGCGAGAACCAUGGCUGGUGGACUUUUUUGCUCCUUGGUGUCCACCAUGUAGAGCCUUGCUGCCAGAAUUAAGGAAAGCAUCCAAGCGGGUGUUUGGACAUGUACGAUUCGGCACUCUGGAUUGCACAAUUCAUGAAGGUCUCUGCAAUAUGCAUAACAUAAGAGCUUACCCCACAACUGUAGUAUUCAAUCAGUCUGAUAUUCAUGAGUAUGAAGGACAUCACAAUGCGGAGCAAAUCUUGGAGUUUAUAGAGGAUCUUCGCAAUCCUUCUGUUGUCGCUCUCACACCUGCAAAUUUUAAAGAACUGGUAAAGGAACGGAGUCGGGAUGAAAUCUGGAUGGUGGAUUAUUAUGCUCCCUGGUGUGGACCAUGUCAAGCUUUGAUGCCCGAGUGGAAACGCAUGGCACGGCAUUUAAACGGAUUAAUCAAUGUUGGAAGCGUUGACUGUCAGAGAUAUAGUUCACUCUGUGGUAAGGAAUAUGUCCAAGCAUAUCCAGAAAUCAGACUUUACCCAGCAAAUCGGGACAAUCCCAAUUUUUAUCAUACCUAUAACGGAUGGCAGAGAGAUUCCUAUUCACUCAAAAGCUGGGCACUUUCAUUCAUGCCAAAAAUGGCCACUGAACUGACACCUGAAAGUUUCAAUGAAAAGGUUUUAAAGAGUAAAGAUCACUGGAUUUUGGAUUUCUACGCUCCAUGGUGUGGUCCAUGUAGGAGCUUUGCUCCUGAAUUUGAGUAUGUGGCCAGGCUUCUAAAAGGAAAAGUAAAAGCUGGAAAAGUAGACUGCCAAGCUUUUGGACACAUUUGCCAGUCAGCAGGCAUCAGAGCAUAUCCUACUGUGAAGCUUUACCCUUACAAAGCAUCUGAAAAAAAGAAAAAUGUGGAGGGUGAACAUGUAGAUUCAAGAGAAGCCAAAGAGAUAUUGCAGAUGGUAACAGGAAGGGUUGGAUUCAUAGAAGAGCAAAAUAAGAAGUCUCAGAAGGAUGAAUUGUGAUGGACAAGGUGAUCGUCGAGAAUUACCAAUAUCCUAUUCAGUGUGUACUGAUCUGAACUACAUAUAAAAUGUAAAAUGUGCCCAUUGGAUCUACGUUGUGAAGGGACCGUGCCUGACAAGUCCAAAAAGCUUGGAGCUACUCUGGAGACAAUGUUGCCUUUUUAUUCAACACUAACUUGAAGGUGGAUGUGUCCUAUUUCUGGUGUUUUAUUUCAGAACUCACAUAGGUUAAGUUGUCUGAAAGUGUCCUAAGGAGUAAAAAAAAAAAAAAAAAAAAAAAUCCAUGACACUUGUGAUCAGAACAAUGACAAUUGCCAGCACCAAGCUGGACGCAUCGUAAAUGGGAUAUUUCCACCUUGGCCAAUAACUGCAUAUCCAUAUGAUGUCUGAUAAUGUCCCAUAGAAGUAAAUGGAUAUAAUGACACAUAUGUAACAACAGACUCCUUAGGUGGCUCAGAUCUUCACAUAAAUGUGGGACCUGCACCUAUCAGACAUUUUGUGGCGUAGCUUGUGGAUAUGCAAUUAAUGUUCAGCCUGGAAUACUCCAUUUAUGUCAUUUCCGGCUGUCCAUUUUACUAGAAAGGAUUGAAAUUAAGCCAAAAACAGAUCAUUUUGCCAUACGAAAUGAGAAGCUUAACUCUUUGUACAGAAGAAACCAGUUAUGAUGUUAUAACACAAAGUGUGACAUAACUAAAUUAGUGAUGUAUCCCCAACAUAUAAAUGCAUGAUAUACGAGAGUCUUAAGACUAGGGAUCAGCACCUAGCAGACAGGCAGGUGACACAAUUCAAAAGAAAGUUGACUGCGCUUGCAUGUUGCCCUUUCCAUUAAAGUCUAAGGGAGUUAUGGAAAAAGCCACUGGGGCUUCUGUGAAUUGACCUUCUGUUCUUCCAUUGACAGUUCACAUUUAUAAGUAUAUCCUAUGGAUGUGCCAUAAAUGUUUAUGAUCUGAAUAAACUUGUUGCUUCACAUUUUCAGAAAAUAUUUUCAGAAAAGUCUUACUAAUUGACCACUUAUUUCCAAUGACUUCUGCAUUCUUAGAUAUUUUACAUCUUUUAAACACUGAAUAUUUUUUUUAUUCCUUUAAAAUUCCUUUACAUCUCAUCUCUCUCAACAGCCACAUGCGGGAUUAAUAAACACUGUAGAUGACUUGGAUUUACACAGGAAAAUAUAAUACCUGUCAAAGGUUAUGUCCACCUUUACAAUGAAGCAAAAGUCUUUAUUAAAUCAAUGAAAAAAUGAUGCAUCAAUCUAUCCCACCAUAUUGCAUAUGAACAAUAUGCACUACUAUGCCGGCCUACUUGUGUCCAUGCUUACGGUCCACCGCAGUCUGAUCCUUUAGACCUGUCAUUCCACGCUCUACCUCUUCUACUGCCUCUACGGUCAGUGUUUCUCAACCAGGGUGCCUCUAGCUGUUGCAAAACUACAACUCCCAGCAUGCUUCCAUGUUUUAUUGUACAUGCAUUGGAUCAAUCUAAAAAUAGGUUGCAAAGGUGGACAGACCCCUAGGUACACACAAACAGCCACAGUCUGCAGUCCCAAAUAAACAGUUCAUAUUAUUUUUAGAGUAGUCUUGUAUUUUAUCUCGCCCAAGCAUUUUUUUUUCCUGGACUCUCAAGCUGCACUGAUAAAUGUAAGACAAAAAUAGCAUAGUAUCUACUAACCUAUUCUUUAGGGUGGUCUUCUUUUGGGCAGCCUCCUUUUAGGGCUCAUUCAAAGUGUCUACAAUGACGGCAAAGUGUUUCCGAGAGGAUUCAGCUGAAAAAUGAACAUGUUUUUGAAUUUGAAUUUCUGUGGCAGAAUUCUGCCAUGUGACCGGUGCAGCAGAAUCCAAUUGAAAACAAUAGGAGGCUGCUGCACAAUAAUUUUUAUGCUAGAUUCCGCUUGCACAUUCUGCAGUGUGAAUUGGCCCUAACAAUUUUACUACUGUUAAUGAACCAGCAGAUCCAAUAGCACAUUUGCACCUUCACUCAUCUGUAAGGUAGUAUUGCCAUGGCGCCACCAUGAGCUUUAAUAGACCAAACAUGGUUCACCAUACUUUUGUGUCAAUUAUAUAUAACUAUGCCAACAUAAAACAGACUAAAUGUAGUCACAAGUAUUCAUUGUUUCAGACAAGAAUAGUGAUGGUUGCAGCUCCAUUGUAUCUGUAACAUGGCAGACAAUGAUAACUUUGUGUGAGCAGGGACUAUGUAAAUAAAAAAAACAAUAUUCAUAUGUUAGAGGCACUGUCAUUGUGAAAAACUUCUGAUAUUUUACAGAACUAAUGCUAAGAUGCCUUUUUCAAUAUAUAU